AUGUAUAUUUUUAAAUUUAUUUUUUUUGUUAUAUUUAUUAUUAUUUUUUAUAAAAAAGUUUUUGAAAAAUAUAAUUUUUAUAAUGAUAUUUCAAAUAGUAAUAAUAACAAUAAUAAUUAUAAUGAUAAUAAAAAUAGUGUUGAUUUUAAAAAAAAAGAUUUUCCAGUUUUAUCAAGGGGUUAUGAAAAAAUAGACUAUUUGGUAUUAAAUUCACAGUAUACCACUAAAUCUCAAGGAAGAAGAGAUAUUUUAUAUAGUAGUCAAAAUGCAAGUGAAAGAUUUUUUAUUGGGUCAAAUUCUUUUUCUAGAGCUGUUGCAUUUAAUAAUAUAAAUUAUUCACCCCAAAAUAUUUGGAGUGUAGCUUUACUAGGUUUGCAAAAAAUAGUAAAUGUUUCAAGGUUAGUUUCAACAAAGAAUUGGAGUGCACCAAUUAUAUUAAAGAACUCAACAUUAUUUAAUAUUUCAGCACUUGAAGCAGAGAGUGUAUUAACUAAAGAGAUUUCAAGCUAUAUAGAUUCCUCUUUUUCAUCUUUAAUUUCCCCAAACUUUUCAACACCAAACACAAAGGAUAAUUUAAUAUUUUUCGUAAACAUUAUGGGCAGUGUUUUUAAAAUGCAUGACUAUUACCGUGGUUCCCCUAAACGAGGGUACAAUUUAGAUCUUAUAGCAUCGGAAAAAUCAAUAACUUUGCUUGGUAAAACUCAAGAUUAUGAAUCUAUGAAAAGCCAAAUCAAGUCAAUAUAUGAAAAAUUAUCACAAAUAUUAGAAUCAAAUACAGAUAUACCCCAUGAUGAGAAAUAUCUCGAGAUUAUAAGACUCUACGAUUGGUACGAAAAGAAUUCAUAUUACCUUGAAUUGUUCAUUAGGAAUUUAUCGACAAAAAGUUACAAAUUAAAUAUUGCUGUUUUUGAUUUUGAUGAAUCCAACACUAAUUAUGGUUUUUCAGGUCUAUCCAGAGGUUAUUCAUACUUGCCAGCCAAAGUCAUCGAUGAAAACAAUAAUAAUAUUUAUCCAAAUGAACGCACUAAAAUAUUCGGUGGUCAUUUCGGUGCGGAUCUAAUACAUCUAAAAGAUAUGGAGCCCGAGGAGCCAUAUAAAAACUCAAUAGCUUUACCACAAAUCGAUUGGGUUCUUACAAAUUAUUACCCUGAUAUAAAAAAAACUAAAAUAAAAGGAAAAAACCAAUUUACAUAG